ACAGAACGCCCCACGACGCAGACGUGCUGAUACCGUGCGAGCGAGAUAACGUGCGAGCGAGAUACCGUACGAGCGCGACCCAGAUCCAAAUCACAAUCGAGAGCCGAGCGGAGACGAGCAAGGAGUAGACCGGCGCAAUGGCACCAAAGGCGGACCCGUACGAGAACCUGCAGUACGGCAUGGACCAGAUCCACACUGCGAUCCGGACGGCCCACGGGCAGAUUCUCAAGGUGGCGCGCGAGCGCGACGAGGCUGAGCUGCGGCGCGAUUUGGCCGCUUGGCUUGGUUACGUCGGGGCGUGGGUCGAGCUGCUGGGCCACCAUCACGACAUUGAGGAAAAGGCCAUCUUUCCGCGCCUCAAGGACAAGGGCUGCUUCGUCGAGAACGAGAUCGAGCAGCACCAGGCCAUCCACCGGCACAUCGACGCCAUGGAGGCGGCGCUGGCCGAGUGGCGCGCCGACCCGUCGACGUACUCGUCUGCGCGCCUCGUGAGCCUGUUUGAGGCCAUCGACAAGGACCUGUUUGAGCACCUCGACGACGAGGUGCAGAAGCUGCUGAACCCCAGCAACCUGCGAGCGCACAUCAACGCCCAGGACAUCACCUACAUCUACACGACGGCCAAGAAGGAGGCCGACAGCAUCGGCAACCCCGCUGUCGACCUGCCCUUUCUCGCCAUCCACACGCCGCCGGGAGAACACAAAAACUUCCUCGGCCUGCCCCUCUUCAUCCGCUACACCCUGCUGCCCUUCUGGUACUGGCAGCGAUCCCACAUCUGGAAGUUUGCGCCGUACAGCCUGCUCUAGACGCGCGCACCGCGCAGCCUACCCUAGCAUCCCAUUCAUUUGCACGCACACCGCACAGCCUGCUCUAGUGACACAAUACACCUGCUCCAGCAUAUCAUUCUCCUUCUCUGUCCAAUACCACUCGAUUGCCUCAUC